GUGUGUGUGAGAGAGGACUGAGGAGAUGAAGGGGUCAGCUAAGUUGGUAAUGGGUGCAACAUUGAUACUGGUGGUGAGUUUAGCAAUAGUAUUAGCUCUAAUUCUUGUAUUAUUAGCUGAACUUUACUGUUCUCUUCUCUUUCGCAAGCGUAGAUAUAGAACUAACACUGCUACUACUGCUACAACUACCCCUGCUGCAACUUCACCUCAAGCUUCAUUACAUUCAUCAACAACAUCAGUUCAGUUGAGUAAUGUUUAUGCUCAUGGUGUCUUUUUAGCUCCAAGAAACAUUCUUUACCCUUCCAUCGUUCACAAACAAGAAGAAGAAAUUUGUAAGAACCAACAAAAACAUCAAUUUUUCAAGCCAUAUGACCAUCAAAGCCAUCAUCAUCAGGUGUUGGAAAUCUUGAAUUUAGACCCAAACAACACCCCAUCUCCAUUUUCAUCAUUAACAGCUUCACCAGCUACUAUGCAACAAAUUCACCAUCAAGAAGUAGCUGAAUCAGAAAUUACUGCUGUCCGGGUUAACAUUGGUAGUAGUGUUUGUGGCUCUGCUGCUGACAAACAUUUGGUUUAUAUCUCUAAUCCGAUAUAUGACAAUGAAUUAAGCUACAAACAUAGUGGAGUAGCAGGAGGAGGAGGAGGAGGAGGAGGAGGAGAAAGUGGAAUUUGUAGUAAUGCAACUCCAUUUGAAACCCCGGAAUCAUCACCAUCUCAUUUAGAAAUGGAUUGGGAGGAAGAAGAUAGAAGAAAUGAAAAAGGUUCAUCAGAAUUAAGUCCUAAUUCAUCAUUGGAAACAAUGACGCCACCAUUAACACCAAUGAAGAAACUACUACCAAUGGAAGCUUGUUCUUCAGUUUCAGUCAGUUUAAGAGAUGCUAGAUCUAUUGAUACUUCUGGUAGUAGUCAUGGUUUAUCUUGUUCUUCAUCACUUUCUACUUCUCCUUCAUGGUGUGAUUAACUACUAGUCAAAAUCUAUCAUCAAUCAAUCAAUCAAAUUUGUCAUUUUGCAUUAUGGGUUUUGUUUAGAAUUCAUUAAUUUUCUUGUUCUUUUGUCCGAUAAUCUUUGUU